AUGCAGAUUACACACAUUCUGUUAAACCUGGCAUGUCUGCAGGCUACAUGGGCUAUCCCUGCCCCGGACCACAGCCUACAGAAGCUACUCCAAGUACCAGCUGGCCAUCCCGCAGAAUGGUUCGGUCAACAGCCGAUUUCACGACAUCCGCCUUUCUCUCCGGGACACAAGGACCCGUAUGAUCACAAGGUCGACUCUGUUGGCGACGAGCGACAGCCAUUGCCGUUCCGCAAUGGAGAUGGCACAACCGUGAUGGGACCUCGGAAUCGAGAUCGUGAACGCCAGAAUCCUGAUCUUGUUCGUCCGCCGAGCACCGAUCAUGGCAGUAUGCCUAACAUGCGAUGGAGUUUUGCGGAUUCACAUAUCCGGAUUGAGGAAGGCGGAUGGACCCGACAAACAACUAUCCGCGAGCUACCCACUAGCCGUGAACUGGCUGGUGUGAACAUGCGUCUGGAUCAAGGGGUCAUCCGUGAACUGCAUUGGCAUACGGAGGCCGAAUGGGCCUAUGUUCUUGCUGGAAAAGUGCGAGUCACCGCGCUGGACUUGGAAGGCGCCACUUUUAUGGACGACUUGGAGGCAGGAGAUCUGUGGUAUUUCCCCGCGGGACAUCCACACUCGCUCCAAGGUCUUGGUGAAAAUGGCACGGAAUUUCUUCUGAUCUUCGAUGAUGGGAACUUCUCCGAAGAGUCCACUUUCGUGUUGACUGAUUGGUUGGCGCACACUCCCAAAGCAGUCCUAGGAGAGAACUUCCGGAUGUCACCUGAAAAAUUCGACAAUAUCCCGUCAUCCGAGAAGUACAUAUUCCAAGGCUCAACCCCUGGAAGCAUUGACCAGGAAAAACCACGCACAUUCAAGAAGUCAAAGAUAAACUUUACACACCAUAUGCACGCCCAAGAACCCCUUGAAACAAGCGGGGGUCGUGUGCGUAUUACCGACUCCUCAAACUUCCCAAUUUCCAAGACCGUAGCAGCUGCCCAUCUAGAGAUCGCUCCGGGCGCCCUACGCGAGAUGCACUGGCACCCCAACGCCGACGAAUGGAGCUAUUUCAAGAAAGGUCGUGCGCGAGUUACGAUCUUUGCCGCGGAAGGAAAUGCCAGAACAUUCAACUACAUGGCCGGUGACGUCGGUAUCGUCCCUCGGAAUAUGGGACACUUUGUCGAGAACCUGAGUGACGAUGAACCGCUAGAGGUAUUGGAAAUCUUCCGAGCGGACCGAUUCCGGGAUUUCUCUCUGUUCCAAUGGCUUGGUAGCUCACCGCGCCGGAUGAUUGCCGAGAAUAUAUUCCCCGGUGAUGCUAAGGCUGCGGCGGAAUUUUUGAAAAAGAUCGAAGAUGCUGAGAAGGACCCAAUCAAGGAUACAAUCUGA